UGCGAAUAAAUAUGGAGAUUUGAGAUAGAGAAAAGUCAGUUAACAAAAUGUUACUUUCUCGAAAUCUACUGGUGAUCGCGCUAAUCGUCUCGGUAAUAACUUUGCCGAUCUAUGCCAAUGACAAAGGAAAAAGAAAGAACAAGGCAAAAAAAGAAGAAUGUCCAACCUCUGGUGGAACUCAAGCAAGUGGAUACGAUGACGUGUUGACAUCUUUGCUGAUGAUGCAGCUGGGAAACCAAAAUGAUGCAAGCCUUAACACCUUACAGGCACUAACUGCAGAUAUGAGUGAUGAACAAAUUGCUGCAUUAGAAGGAUUAGCAACCCAAAUGGCGGUAAAUAAUAUUUUAAAAGAAGAAGAAAAGAAGGAAAAGAAACAAAAGAAAGAAAAGAAAAACAACCGAAAAAAGUAGAUAUUUGUAUUGGCAUCCAUAAAAAAAAUGAAUCCAUCAAGAAUAAAAAGCGUUUUUGAUAAAUCGAUUAAAAUAAAUACUGAACUGAUUUCGCACUAAAAUAUUAUUAAAGAAAAUCAUAUUUACUGUAAUUUAUAAUUGAACGCUCUAGAAUAAAAACAACGUACAGAAUGAUUGUUAUAUCAAAGCGGAA